UGAUGAUUGAUGAAGCAGAUGAGUUUGUGGUAGGGCCACAGAACAAAGUGAAACGCCCUGGAGAACCCAACAGUCCUUUGCUAUCUAAGAGAAGACGGAAUUCAUCCCUACUGUGGAGGAAACCGCAGGCAUCACCUCCUGUAACUAAUCAUGUGGGCGGAAAGGGACCACCCUCUGCCUCAUGGAUCCCAUCUUACCCCAACCUCGUGCACACAGAUACCACUGUCAAUCACGAUGUCCAAGGGAAGAUGGAAAAUGGCCAAAUUCCAUCCAACAUCUUCGUGUCCAAAUCUGCCUCAGCAGAGCUGGUGAAUUUGGCAGCAGAAAGCACUCCACCCAACCAACUAGAUUUCCUGUCUGAUGACUUUGUUAGUCUCAGGAGAGAUGGCCUGAUUCACAAACCUGGUAGUAAUGCCCUUGCAAGUGGAACCAAAAACAGCAAUGUCUCUGUGGAAGACCGAAAAGUCUCAGCUGCAUCUACUUUGGGAACUAUGCCAAAUGUAUUGCAAAUAACUCCUGCUAUGGCACAAGGAAUCAAUGCUGACAUAAAACAUCAGUUAAUGAAGGAAGUCAGAAAAUUUGGAAGAAAGUAUGAAAGGAUUUUCAUUUUACUGGAAGAAGUACAAGGACCUCUGGCAGUCAAGAAACAAUUUGUUGAAUUUACCAUCAAGGAAGCUGCACGGUUUAAAAGACGAGUUUUAAUUCAGUACCUAGAGAAGAUAAUAGAAAAAAUAGACAGUCACCACUUUCUUAACAACAUUAAUUACAUCAACAGCAGAUCAUUAUGUUAGUGCAAAGAUCAAGGAGGAAAAAAAUGGACAUGUUUUCUGUGCUGUAGGAUUGAACAGAAUACUACUGUAGCAUCAUGGAAUGUUUUGACGAAAAGGGACUUAAACUUCCAGAGACCAAGAAAAAUCAGUGGAGCUUUUUAAUUUAUGCUUCCUCAGAAGCAGGACCUGGACUUCUGCCCAAAAACAUCUUCUUGGAAAAUAUAAAUUUGUUGUACCUCCCCCCCAGCUGAGAAAAGUGAUGUUAACUCAGUAGGUCAAGUCCAAUAAAUAUGGCUGCCCCUCCCCCAGGUGAUGAGGCUUCACUCGGUUGAACUUUGCCAGUCCAGUUAUUUCAGGAGUAACUAGGGGCCACUUUUGGUUGAAGCCUCACUUGUGGUCUUACUGUAUCCUGAAAAACUAGGCGUUCAGAACCCAAUCUUGUAUGUGCUGAACAAAAUGUCCAUAGUUCAGAGUCGUGCCUUUUAAGCCCAUGCAGGAUAUUUUGAAUCAAAGAGUAAGAAAGCUGCUAUUCCGGUAACUUAUUUUUCUGUGGGAGGGGCCAGGGAGAGUCACUAAAACAAUCUACCUCCAACUCUUUUCAGUUUUGUCUAGAGAUAUGACAAGUGCGCCUGAGACCAUCCCAACCCCUGAAUUGUCCUUGUCUGUGACGGCAGAAAGUUUUUGGGUGGACUUGUACAUUCUGUGCUUUGGAAGCACUAAAAGAUAAAAAAAAUACUGUAUAUAUAUAUAUUUCCUUUAAUGUUUAUACAAAGGUUUAUAUUGAGCAGUAUUGUUAUGUUUGUAUUAAUUUGAAAAUAUAUAUAUAUAAAUGUACAAAGAGAUUUUGACUUUGAAUAAUGAAAUAAAUCAUUUUAUUGAUUUUCACAAACGUGUUUAAUAGUAGAUGUAUUAAUGCUAAUACCUAGUUUUGUCUUGCUUAUGAGUUGUUAUUACAGUAAUAAAAUAAAAUUCACACUACUAAGCUAAUCAAUCUGACAUAAGGAUUGAAACUUCAAAACAUCACACACAGAACUGAGUGGUCAUGGUAAAAAUCACAGGGUGGUAUAUGCUAGGAGUCGAUUUUUUCCAAGAGCACCGAAGAAAGCAGUCAGGUUUUCUGAACAAAAGGUUUACAGCAACAAGAAAAUUCUGGAUUAAGAAGAAAGCCAUUGUAACAUGAUAGGAGAGCUUUGUGGUAUUUUAUCAACUUCUUCACAGCCAUCUUGAAGAUGGAAGUCAACAUUUCAAGUGUGGGUUUCUGAGUGUGUGUGUGUGUGUGUGUGUGUGUGUGUCCUUGUUUGUGCACCAUUUCACCACUACCAAACUGUU